AUGGAGCGAAACAUAGAUAUCUAUGCCACCAAGCUUGGCGACGAGAAGCUAGAUGUCAAAGUCCGAGCCAACGUCGCUACGGAGUUGCGAGACAAUAUCGAACCCCUCUGCGUUGGCACAAAUUAUCCCAUUUUUCUAGCGAAGCUAUGGCCGGUUUUCAAAACAAUUCUCAAAGGAGACCCGGUGUUCUUGAGCAUGUCUUACGAGCAGAAACUCCGAAACUGCAUUCUAGAGACACUCCACCGAUUACCGAUGGGCUCCCCCGAUGUCGAGCAGUACGCGGUGGAUAUGGUCGACCUGCUGAUGGAACUCGCGCGGAUCGAAAAUGAAGACAAUGCGGUGCUUUGCAUGAAGACCAUCAUGGAUUUGGAGAGAAAUCAAGCCAAGGCUACAGCACUCCGGGUCCAAACGUUCCUCGAGCUGAUUCAAGAGAUGUUCCAGACCAUGGAGCAAGUGGUGCGGGAUACUUUUGACACACCAAACCAAGCCACACCCUCGGGCAUGCCGUCAACGCCGAACGCAACAGCACAGAGCUUCCAGUCUCCUCGACCAAGCUCGCCCGCAACCUCAGUAUCGGAUCUCGGCCCAGAACAACAGUCAAGCAAUGUCCUGCUGAAGGGCAUGCAGUCGUUCAAAGUUCUUGCCGAAUGCCCGAUUAUCGUUGUUUCGAUCUUCCAGACCCACCGCGCGUCAGUUUCAGCUAAUGUGAAGCUGUUCGUACCGCUCAUUAAGACUAUCCUGUUGCUUCAGGCGAAGCCGCAAGAGAAGGCACACGCAGAAGCUGCAGCACAGGGAACGGUUUUCACAGGAGUCUGCAAGGAGAUCAAGAACCGAGCCGCAUUCGGGGAGUUCAUCACAGCACAAGUCAAGACGAUGAGCUUUUUGGCAUAUUUGUUGCGUCUGUAUGCUCACCAGCUCCAGGACUUCCUCCCGACUCUCCCUUCUGUCGUUGUGCGUCUUCUUCAAGAUUGCCCGCGAGAGAAGUCGGGGGCAAGGAAAGAGUUGCUGGUGGCCAUUCGUCACAUCAUAAACUUCAACUAUCGCAAAAUCUUCCUCGAGAAAAUCGAUGAGCUUCUGGACGAGCGAACACUCAUCGGUGAUGGCCUGACUGUCUAUGAGACCAUGCGACCCUUGGCUUACAGCAUGCUUGCUGAUCUGAUCCACCAUGUUCGUGACCAUCUGAGCCGUGACCAGAUUCGGAGAACCGUCGAGGUGUAUACGAAAAAUCUCCACGACGAUUUCCCCGGCACGAGUUUCCAGACGAUGAGUGCAAAGCUCCUCCUGAACAUGGCAGAGAACAUCUCCAAACUGGAUGAUAAGCGUGAGGCACGAUACUUCUUAAUAAUGAUUUUAGAUGCAAUCGGUGACAAGUUCGCAUCGAUGAACCACCAGUUCAAGAACGCCGUCAAAGUCUCGAAGGCCUAUAAAGCCUUCCGCAAGGAUAUUGAGCCUUGCCCCGAGAGCUACCUCGCUGAAAAGGACCAACCCCCUGAUUGGGAUGAAAUCGACAUUUUCUCCGCUUCUCCAAUCAAGACAUCCAGUCCACGCGAUCGUGGUGGUGACCCUGUCACAGAAAACAUCUUCUUAUUCAGGAAUCUGAUCAACGGGCUGAAGAACAUUUUCCGCCAACUGAAAAAUUGCAACCCAGAUGAUGUACAGAUCGAUCCAAGCAACGUUCCUGUCAAUUGGUCCGAGGUGUCAUAUGGGUACAAUGCAGAGGAAGUCAGCGUUAUCAAGAAGCUCUUCCACGAAGGAGCUCGUGUCUUCCGCUACUACGGAGUUGACGAGAGUCCCACUGAGAUGAACUACGCAACUCCAUUUGACUUCCUUGCUAGUCAGUACACUGCACCGAUGUCACGGGAAGAAAAGGAGCUUCUGGAAAGUUUCGGGACUGUCUUCCACUGCAUUGAUACUGCCACAUUCCACGAGGUCUUCCACUCUGAAAUUCCCUACCUCCACGAGCUUAUGUUUGAACACGGGGCUUUGCUCCACCUGCCCCAGUUUUUCCUGGCUAGUGAGGCAACAUCCCCCGCAUUCUCUGGCAUGGUCCUUCAGUAUUUGAUGGAACGGAUUGAUGAGGUCGGGACCUCAGACAUGACAAAGGCCAAGAUCCUCUUAAGGAUGUUCAAACUUUCUUUCAUGGCGGUGACUCUGUUCUCCAUGCAGAACGAGCAGGUUCUCCACCCUCAUGUGACGAAGAUCGUGACCAAAUGUAUUGAGCUUUCAGUCACUGCGGAGGAGCCUAUGAACUAUUUCCUUCUCUUGCGUUCUCUGUUCCGAAGCAUCGGCGGGGGCAGAUUCGAGCUUCUCUACAAGGAGAUUCUUCCCUUGUUGGAGAUGUUGCUCGAGACGUUCAACAAUCUACUACUUGCAGCCCGUAAGCCGCAGGAGCGGGAUCUCUAUGUGGAACUUACCCUGACUGUGCCCGCUCGACUGAGCCAUCUGCUACCCCACCUCAGCUAUCUCAUGCGACCAAUCGUGGUUGCCCUGCGUGCAGACUCCGACCUUGUUGGACAGGGCUUGCGCACAUUGGAACUCUGCGUGGACAACCUCACAGCCGAUUACCUUGACCCAAUCAUGGCUCCUAUAAUGGACGAGUUGAUGACUGCUCUCUGGGAUCAUCUUCGCCCACACCCUUAUAAUCACUUCCACGCUCAUACAACCAUGCGCAUCCUAGGAAAACUGGGCGGAAGGAAUCGCAAGUUCCUCAACCACCCACCCGAGCUCUCUUUCCAGCAAUUUUCCGACGAUAACCCAAGUUUCGAUAUCAGAUUGAUCGGUCCGAAUGAGAAGAGACCUUUCCCUGUUGACAUUGGUAUCGACCUUGCUGCUGGUAAACUCAUGGAAGUUCCGAAGACGGAUGCGGCCAAGGCUUCGGACAUCUAUUACAAGCAGCAGGCGUAUCGUAUGCUCAGCUCUCAUCUCAAACUUCAGAUCGGCUAUGAUGCUAUCCCUGAUGAUUUAGCCACCUCGAUCAGGCUUCAUGCCAACGACCUCUUCGAGAACAAGCCUAGUGCUAUGGCUGAUAUCCUUGAUAAGUCUGAGAGAUCCGCCUCGAUCCCGAAGAAGAUUGCACAGGAAGCAACAGUGAAGAAACUCAUCAAGGCUUGCAUAUUCGCCACUACAAUCCCCGAGCUUGAGCAAACUGCUAAGGCUUUUGUGGCUGAUGUUUGCAAGCACUUCGCACUUGUAGAGGUCGGUCGUGCGCUGGCGCAAUUCAGACAUGGCCGUAAAGCCUUCGACGUUGCCAGCGGCGAAGGUCCCGUGUACCUUGACUCCAAAAUCCUGGCCGAGGCCCUAGUCGAGUGCCUCGCGUCCGAUGAGGUUCAUGUUCGGGAAGCCGCUGAGCAGGCCAUGACUGUUGUGAAAGAUGCCGCUGGGGUCAUCUUCGGAUCCCCAGAGAAAGCCGCCAAGCUUCCAUUCUUCCAGCACCUGGGUCGUGUCUUCUGUCACAGCUGCUAUAGCGAAGAGUGGUUUACCAAGGCCGGUGGAAGCCUGGGAAUCAACUUGCUCGCCACCAAGCUGGACUUGGGAGAAUCAUGGCUGUACGAGCGACACGUGGAGUUCUGCCGGUCACUGAUGUAUGUCAUCAAGGACACACCACUAGAUCUGCCGGCUGCCACGCGAAUCCAGUCGCAGGAGACCAUGGUCUUGAUUCUGCAAAAAUGUGGAAAGCUCAUUCCCAAAGAUGAUCUCAAGAAUGAAAAGACUCGGUUGUAUGCGCUUUGUGGCUUGCUUGUCUACGAGUUGGGGCAUAUGAACAAACACGUCCGGGAGAGCGCCCGUCGUUGCUUCACCACUCUGAAGGAAGUCCUUGGCUGUGAGGUUCAUGAGCUGAUCUUACCCGUCAGGGAUCGUCUCUUGCAGUCAAUCUUCAACAAGCCUCUACGUGCCCUUCCUUUUGCAACUCAGAUUGGCUUCAUUGAUGCUAUCACUUACUGUCUGAGUCUUCACAACGAGAUCGUCACUUUCAACGAGCCACUAAAUCGCCUGAUGUUGGAAUCACUCGCGCUCGCCGAUGCAGAUGACGAAUCUCUUGCGUCUAAGCCGAAUGAGUUCAAGAACGCAGACAUGAUUGUGAACCUGCGUGUUGCUUGCCUUCGCUUGUUAUCGAUGGCAAUGAGUUUCUCCGAGUUUGCCAACACCCCUCAAAACACGAGCAGGGCUCGCAUCAUCUCGGUCUUCUUCAAAUCGCUCUACUCGCGCUCGCAGGAAGUCAUCGAAGCAGCAAAUGCCGGUCUUCGCGAUGUUCUGACACAAACCAACAAGCUCCCUAAGGAUCUACUGCAGAAUGGUCUACGCCCGAUUCUCAUGAACCUGCAAGACCCGAAGCGUUUGAGUGUUGCUGGCUUGGAUGGUCUUGCUCGUCUCCUAACUCUACUCACCAACUACUUCAAGGUUGAAAUCGGUGCACGUCUUCUCGAUCAUAUGAAGGUGAUUGCAGAUGACGCGGUGUUGCAGAAGGUCUCAUUCAGCCUUGUUGAACAGAACCCGGCCAUGAAGAUAGUCGCCGCCAUCUUUAAUAUCUUCCAUCUCCUCCCCCCUGCCGCGACGUCAUUCAUGGAACAUCUUGUCAACAAGGUGCUUGACCUCGAGUCGAAGUUAAGACGCACGUCACACAGCCCCUUCCGAAAGCCGCUCGUGAAGUACCUGAACCGCUACCCCAAGGAGAGCCUGGCUUUCUUCUUCGCCCGCUUCAAGGAUGAGCGAUUUGGGCGCUUCUUCGGCCAAAUCCUGGCUGAUCCCGAGAGCGAGGGACUACGAAACGCCAUCGUGGGUGAUAUGGAAGCAUUCUCUACUGCGGCAUUUGCCCAAGACACAAGUGAUGGCAAGAACACUGCUGCCAUCAACGGAGUCUAUGUUGCACACUCUCUCUGCUCGUACAGCUCAACCAAGCGCUGGUUGGUCUCGCACGCAGACAUGAGAACAAAGCUCCUGAGCUCCGGCAGAGAACUGGAGAGGAAGCUCCGCGGUGACAGCUUGCCCGCCGAUGAACGUCUCCGCGUGGAACAGGCUGAAGAUCAAUUGAUGGAUAUAUUUACCAUGUAUUUGGCCGAGGCGACUCACGACCUGGACUUCCUCUUCGAGGUUAUCGAUGGACUCUCCGCCGAUGAACUGAAGCGCACUCUCGCACUUCCUAAAUUCAUAUAUAAGAGCAUCAUUUCAAACGAGUCCAUCGACUAUCGUCGGUCUGUCAUCAUGCGCUGUCUUGAUCUUUAUGGCCAGAAGAGCUGCCCGCAGAAGACUAAGACCUAUGCUUUCCGUCACCUAGUCAACCCGAUUUUCGCCAUGGAUGUUCAGGUCACAUGGAACAGUCCCCCGAACACCCCCAAGCUCAUGGAUAAGAGCAUGACCGAGUCAAUCCAAAGUCGUUUAUGGAAGCCACAACUGGCUGAUCUAAGCGAAGAGUCCAAUCAAGCAGGCGUUGAUCACUCACGUAUGGAGCUGCUUCAGCUGUCAGCCUUGUUGAUCAAGUACCACUCUCAAACGGUGCAAGAUUCUCGCAAAGACAUCAUCAAAUUUGCUUGGAACUACAUCCGUCUUGAGGACAUCAUCAACAAGUAUGGCGCAUAUGUCUUGAUCAGCUACUUCAUUGCCCACUAUGAGACACCGUUCAAGAUUGUGAUUCAGGUCUACGUUGCGUUACUGAGAGCCCAUCAAAAUGAGGGGAGGGCCCUUGUCACCCAGGCUCUUGAUGUCCUCGCUCCCGUUCUUCCAACACGGACGGCCAACAACUCAGGCGAUAGGUACCCACUGUGGGCUAAAUGGCCUCGUCGUAUUCUGGCCGAGGAGACUGCCAACUUGCAGCAGGUUAUGAGCAUCUUCCAGUUCUUGGUUAGGCAACCAGAUCUGUUCUAUGAAUCAAGGGAACACUUCGUGCCUCUCAUUGUUCCGUCCCUGAUCAAGAUUACUGGCCCACCAAACACUUCCAAUGACAGCAAGAAGCUGGCGCUCAACCUGAUAAGUCUGAUUUGGCACUGGGAGGAGAAGCGCUUGCACAAUGCAGAGUCACAUUCCUUGACCAAGGGAUCAUCAGAGUCACCAGUUGCCAGGAAGCGCAAGUUGGACGAGGCUCAGGAGCCAUCACCUUCCCCUGCCCUCGGACCUCCAAGCAGCCGUGCACCAUCCGACUACACCGUGCCCCAAGAUUUGCGUGCGGCAUUGGUGAAGUACCUCAUCACCUUCAUCACGACAAUUCCCGAACGAUUCUCAGUUCCGGCUGCCCAGAUUCGCCAGAAGGCCGCGAACAAGCAACAAAACAUCCCAGCCUCAGGAGAAAUGAUCAACAAGGCAAUCAAUUUGCUUCGUAGUCUCCUUUCCGCUGAGUACUGGGGCGACCUUGACAUCGAUCUCUACCAGAAGGCAACUGAGCCCAUCUUGGUAGGCGACAAGGGUGACAAGCCCGAGGACAAGAUCACAUUCAUGGUCAACACCCUCCAGGUGCUUAGAGUCCUCAUUGGAGCUAAGCCGAGUGAGUGGGUUGCUGCUCGUCUACCUGCCAUUCAGAAGCUUCUCGAGAAGCCAUUGAAGUCAGACAAUCCAGAAAUUCAAGAUUGUCUUCAUGGCCUUGAAGAUGAAACCGAUUUCGUCCAUAAGCUUCCUCCUCCUAUCCGGCAUGUACUCGAGGCCAUCCCAGAUGAGCAGCCCGACGAUGAGGAUGCCAUGGACACGGAAGGGACACCUUCUGAGUUUGGUUCGUAUUUAUCUGCCAUCGCCAAUGAAACUCUUUCGGCCAAUAACUACGUGUCAAGUCUCAAUAUUUUGUGGACACUUUCCAAGAUCAAGCCCGCGGAGAUUGACGCACACAUCCCUGCAGUGAUGAAGGCGUUCUCCACGAAAUUGGCCAAGGAGCACGUUGCUGCGUCAACUCAGAAUGGCGCUCAGGGGCAGAAUGGCGCAAAGCCGGCCGAAGGAGCUGCCGCCGCAGCCACCACAGAUCAACAAGAGUUCGAACUGGGUGUUGAUCUCAUCCUGAAGACCAUCGAAUUGAUUUCCGUUCGUAUGUCUCAUCUUGGAGACCAACGACGUCCGUUCCUCAGCGUCCUUGCUCAGAUUGUCGAGCGCUCGCAAAACAUCGAGCUGUGUAGCAAAAUUCUCGGAAUGGCCGAGUCUUGGGUAUUCCAUUCGACUGAGUCCUGGCCUACCUUGAAGGAGAAGACAGCUGUUCUCCACAAGAUGCUGCUCUUCGAGUCUCGCACCGACCAGACGAUGUUGAAGAAGUUCCUUGACCUCGUGAUUCGCAUUUACGAGGACUCCAAGAUCACGCGCACUGAGUUGACAGUUCGACUGGAACACGCAUUUUUGAUUGGUGCCAGGGCGCAAGAUGUCGAAAUGCGCAACAGGUUCAUGCAAAUCUUCGAUCGCAGCUUGACCCGUCUCGCGAGUUCUCGACUCAGCUAUGUACUCACAUGCCAAAACUGGGAUACCCUCGCCGACUCUUUCUGGCUGUCCCAGGCAUCCCACCUGAUCCUUGGAUGUGUUGACAUGAACACCACCGCCCGGCUACACCAGGACGACUUUACACUCUUCCCAGUGUCUUUCCUCUUUGGCAGCGGAGACAAGGAUCCAAGGAAAUCGGACAUCAUGGUCGACAACCAGCUGGAAACCUUCAUCACGGAGCGGAGACGCUUCAUGUCCGACGUCGGUGAUGUCAGAGUUCGUGAUCUUGUUGAGCCUUUGUGCCAACUCCAACACACUGAUAACAACGUUGCAUACAAAUUGUGGACCACUUUGUUCCCUCUUUUCUGGUCAACGCUUUCAAAGGAAGACUGCAUUGAUCUGGAAAAGGACAUGGUCACACUGCUCACUCGAGAGUACCACCAUAGGCAGUUGGACAAGAGGCCCAACGUUGUGCAGGCUCUUCUUGAAGGUAUUGUGCGUGCCACUCCUCGGUUCAAGAUACCACCCCAUGCCAUCAAGUAUCUUAGCCGAACUUACGACGCCUGGUACACUGCGGCCACCUACCUUGAGCAGACGGCCAUAGAUCCUAUCGUCGACACGCCCACUGUCCGCGAGAGUAAUCUUGAUGCCCUGGUAGAAGUUUACGCAGGUUUACAAGAGGAUGACUUCUUCUACGGAACCUGGCGCCGGCGUUGCAAGUUUGUGGAAACCAAUGCGGCGCUUUCUUACGAGCAGCAAGGAAUGUGGGAUAAGUCUCAGCAGCUUUACGAGAACGCUCAGAUCAAGGCUCGGUCCGGUGCCAUGCCAUUCUCACAGGGCGAAUACUUUGUUUGGGAGGAUCACUGGUUGACCUGUGCGCAAAAGCUUCAGCAGUGGGACAUUUUGAGCGACUUCGCCAAACACGAAAAUCUGAAUGACCUUCUGUUGGAAUCCGCUUGGAGAAACAUCGAAAACUGGCAGAGUGAGGGUAACCGAGAGCAGCUCGAAUCACUGAUCAAGUCCGUUUCCGAUGCUCCCACUCCCAGACGCACUUUCUUCCAGGCAUUCAUGGCUUUGCUUCAAUACCAUACGAAGAAAGACAACAUCCAGGAUUUCAACAGCGUCUGCGACGAGUCCAUUCAGCUUUCCAUUCGCAAAUGGCUACAGCUACCCAAGCGCAUCACCAACGCCCAUAUUCCAAUUCUGCAGCACUUCCAGCUUUUGGUUGAGUUGCAUGAUGCUAGUCACAUAUGCGGCAGCUUAGCCCAGACAAAUGAACGCAACCUGGACACCAAAUCCGCCGAGCUCAAGUUGCUGCUCGGAACAUGGAGAGACCGCCUGCCCAAUCUUUGGGACGAUAUCAACACUUGGCAAGAUCUUGUCACAUGGCGUCAACACAUCUUCCAACUCAUCAAUGGUACUUACCUCAGCCUCUUGCCUCCACAGACGAACAAUGUGGCCAGCAAUUCCUACGCCUACCGUGGAUAUCAUGAAACGGCCUGGAUUAUCAACCGCUUCGCUCACGUGGCUCGGAAGCACCAGAUGCCCGAAGUCUGUAUCAACCAGCUCAGCCGCAUCUACACCCUUCCGAAUAUUGAAAUCCAGGAGGCCUUCCUCAAGCUUCGGGAGCAAGCCAAGUCCCAUUACCAGAAUCCGAAGGAGCUGAACAGUGGAUUGGAUGUGAUCAACAAUACCAACCUCAAUUACUUUGGCCCGCAACAAAAGGCCGAGUUCUACACGCUCAAGGGCAUGUUCCUCGCAAAACUGGACCACGUCAACGAGGCGAACGAGGCGUUUGGUGUCGCUCUCUACUACGACUUGCGUCUUGCUAAGGCUUGGUCUGAAUGGGGACAGUACAGUGACCAACGGUUUAAGGCUGACCCCACUGAUUACGAACUUGCUAGCAAUGCUGUUAGUUGCUACCUGGAGGCAGCAGGUCUCUACAAGAGUGCCAAGUCUCGCAAGUUGCUCAGCAGAAUUCUUUGGCUUUUGAGUCUGGACAAUGACGAAGGCAAGAUUGCAAGUGCGUUCGAGAACUUCAAGGGCGACACCCCUGUAUGGUACUGGAUCACCUUCAUCCCACAACUUCUCACCAGCCUGUCUCAUCGCGAGGCCCGACUUUGCAAGGCUGUCUUGACCAAGAUUGCCAAGUUAUACCCGCAAGCUCUCUUCUUCCUGCUGCGCACCAACAGGGAAGACAUGUUGAGCAUCAAGAAACAACAUGACCAAAAGCAAGAGAAGUUGAACAGAGCUAGACAACAACAGCAAGGUUCAUCGCCAAGCACAAAGUCGAACUCAAUCGCUGGCGCCGAGAGUUCCCCUGCCCAGAAGGCACAGGCCAACGCUUUGGCUGCCAAUGCGUCGCCAUCAAUUGCGGCCGCAGGCUCUCCGGCUACACAAAACCCUGCGCUCCCGAACCAGUCUCCUGCCCAGAUUCAGAACACUGUUCAAGCUUCCCCUCGACAAGUUCAAGGCCAGAGCCCACAGGUUGGUCAAACUCCCGGCCAAGCUCAACAUCUACAGGUGCCAGGUCAGAAUGGAACGCCACAGACUCAGCCCGCCACCGUGGAGGGUGAAAAGGAGCCACUCAAGAAACCUUGGGAGUAUUCCGACGAAAUCAUGUCUGGCUUGAAGACAGCCUUCCCCUUGCUCGCUCUGUCCAUGGAGACAAUGGUCGAUCAGAUUCACAAGAACUUUAAGUGUCCUCCAGAUGAGGAUGCUUACCGAUUGAUCGUUGCCCUUUUGAACGAUGGUUUGGCUUAUGUCGGCCGCAUGCCUGCCUCUUACGCCCCAGACUUCAAGUUGCCUGCCGCCACGGAAGCUAAUAUCACUCGCUUUGCUGAGACGAUUCUCCCUGCGCACAUCCGCAAAUCUUUCGAGGCAGACUUUGUUACCAAAAAGCCGACCAUGAACGAGUACAUCCACAAGCUCCGCCGCUGGCGUGACAAGUUCGAGGAGAAGCUCGACCGUCGACCCCAGCAAACAUUCCUUGAGAGCGCAUCUCCUCAUCUGAGUGAGUUCCGCUUCCUCAAGUUUGACGAGGUCGAGAUUCCCGGCCAGUACCUCCUUCACAAGGACAAGAACCAAGACUUUGUCCGUAUUGACCGUUUCCUUCCUGAUGUGGAUCUGGUACGGGGCAUUGGUGUUUGCCAUCGCCGCUUGAAGAUUCGAGGACAUGACGGCAGUGUUCAGGCAUUUGCUGUUCAACAUCCUGCUGCCCGCCAUUGCAGACGUGAAGAACGCAUUCUCCAGCUGUUCCGUAUCUUCAAUGGCUUGCUCGCAAAACGCAAGGAGAGCCGCCGUCGCAAUCUGUACUUCCAUCUACCAUUGAUGGUGCCUCUGGCGCCUCACAUUCGACUGGUCCGCGAUGAUUCUUCAUACAUCUCUAUGCAGGGUAUCUACGAGGAUUACUGUCGUCGCAUGGGCAUGAACAAGGACGAGCCGGUUCUCUUUACCAUGGAUAAAAUGAGGUCAUUGGCAGAGACAAAACAAAAUGUAAGUUCGCCACUCAGCCUCUCUGCAGCCGAGACUAACUACCAAACCCAGCGCACCCCCGACCAGCAGCAAAUCCUUCGUACUGAGAUCCUCACCGCAAUUCAAGACAAAUGGGUGCCGAGUACCGUGGUCUUGGAAUACUUCCAACAGACAUAUCCGAACUUCUCCGAUUUCUGGCUUUUCCGUCGACAAUUCGCCUACCAGUACGCGGCAAUUGCCUUCAUGACCUACGUAAUGCACAUUGGCAACCGGUACCCGAACAAGAUUCUGAUCUCUCGUUCCACCGGCGAUAUCUGGGGUGCCGAAUUGAUCCCCACCAUCAACCCAGCCAAGGCGUUCUUCUAUAAUCCGGAACAAGUCCCCUUCCGUUUCACACCCAACAUCCAAACCCUGCUAGGACCGAUCGCCACAGAGGGUGUGUUCGCUUGUGCAAUGAUGGCCAUCGCACGCUGCCUGACAGAGCCACGCCACGAGCUGGAGCAGCAGCUUAGUGUCUUCGUGCGAGAUGAGAUGAUGUUCUGGGCUACUGCACACCACCGUGGCUCCCUGCCCCCCAACCAGCUUCGCGACCUUGUUUACAACAACAGUGAGAUCAUCGUCAACCGAGCUGUCAGCCUGGCUAGCCCACCAGAGGGUAACUUGCCCGCCAACCAGACCACAAUCGAUUUGGUCUCCAAGGCCGUCAACCCUCAGCACCUGGCUUCGUGUGAUGCUUUGUGGAUGCCAUACCUUUGA